AUGUCGUCUGAAGACCCACCCAAUUCGCCCGAUGCCGUGAAACGCUCCCGCUACACCUACCGCCACCUUCAAUUACUGCGCCAAGGGUCUACUGCCACACCUCUACGCGCCAUUGCGCACAUCGACCUCGAUGCCUUCUACGCUCAGUGUGAGAUGGUGCGCCUGGGGACGCCUCGUGAUACUCCACUCGCAGUGCAGCAAUGGGAUUCGCUGAUCGCUGUAAAUUACGCGGCACGACCAUUCGGCGUCAACCGCAUGGUCAGCACCGCUGAAGCCAGGAAACUAUGCCCGAAUAUCAUCUUACAACAUGUUGCCACUUUUCGGGAAGGCGAGGGUGGUCGCUGGGCCUAUCGGGAUGACUCGUUCCGCAGUGUCAAGACUGAUAAGGUUUCCUUGGAUCCCUACCGGGCGGCGUCGCGGAAGAUCCUCCAGACGAUGAAGGAUGAGGUGCAGAGAUGGUGCACGGAUACGGAGGGCGACCUUGGUCACCUUACCCAAGGUAUCUCGGCUGCAGUGGAAAAGGCCAGCGUCGAUGAAGUCUUCAUUGAUCUUUCUCCUCUCAUUUACUGUGUCUUGCUACAGAGAUACCCCGAGCUUCGGGCCGUUGUGCAAGACGAGAAAAAAGAUGCCGCGCUACCUUUCCCUCCUACGGUGCUGCAAUGGGAAGCCGACGAUUAUCUGAUAGAUUUAGAUCUACAGGAAAGCGAGGAAGAUGACCCAGAUUGGGAUGACAUUGUCAUGCUGGUGGCGGCGGAGAUCACGAGGUCGGUCAGAAAUGCAGUGUGGGAAAAGUUACACUAUACCUGCUCUGCUGGAGUUGCCAAAAACAAGAUGCUCGCGAAACUGGGCAGCGCUUGUAACAAGCCUAAUAAGCAGACUGUGGUACGGAAUCGUGCUGUCCAAAACUUCUUGGGUGGGUACAAAUUUACUCAAAUCCGGAUGCUGGGCGGCAAGCUAGGGGAUCAGAUCACUUCCUUUUUUGGAACAGAACAAGUGAGCGACCUUCUUAAUGUGUCCCUUGAGCAAUUGCGUGCCAAACUCGACGACCACACCGCAACCUGGCUGUACAACACUAUCCGGGGAGACGAUCGCAGUGAGGUCAAUCCCCGAACCCAGAUCAAAUCCAUGUUGUCUGCAAAGUCAUUUCGUCCCAGUAUCAAUUCAGUCGAUCAAGCGGAAAAAUGGUUGCACAUUUUUGCAGCUGAUAUCUACGGUCGCCUAGUAGAGGACGGCGUGCUUGAGAACAGACGUCGUCCUCGAGUUAUUACUCUCCAUCACAGAGUUGUGCAGAGUCGGUCCCGCCAAAUGUCAAUCCCUGGUUCCAAUACUAUUGAUGAGAAUUUGCUCUUCGAGCUGGCCAAAACCUUGCUUCGACAAGUGUUGGCAGAUGGACAGGUGUGGCCAUGUGCAAAUCUGUCUUUGAGCGUGAGCAGUUUUGAGGAUGGCGUGGGCCAGAACAAGGCCAUUGAAGGCUUUUUGGUCCGUGCUGAUCAGGCCAAGUCUCUCAUACAUGCCAGACCUCGCGCAAUACUGAAAAGUGACAAUACUGAACAGUCCCCUGCAGAGAAAAAGAGAAAGGUUGAUGACGGUAUCAAGCGCUUUUUCAACCAACCUCAUGAUGAUUCUGUUACAUCAGAGAAUGAAAGCCCCCAACCUCUAGCCCAACCUUUAGCCCAAGAUCCAGCGCCUGGCGGGGACCAAGCUCUGGACACCCAUAUUCCGCAAUUUACCUGCAGUCGAUGCUCAAAAUCUAUUCCCGAAUAUGACAAAGAGGAACAUGACGACUGGCAUUUUGCUAAAGACCUGGUAACCCAGGACAGACAAGAAGCGCGGGAUGCCCAACAAAGCUACACGCCCAACAGCUCCCGAGCGUCCAAUCCUCGUGGCAGAGGAGGUCGAGGUGGCCGGGGAAAGUCUGAGAAAGGACAGAUGCGACUGGCUUUUCAAUAA